AUGGCCACCGAAGCCAGCCAAGUCGUCGCUGAGGCCGCCGCCUCCAUCGUCCCAUCGUCCUCGUUUGCCUCAUCUCUCCCGCCGGAUCUUUUUGAUCAAACGACCAUCAUCUCGCUGCUCUCGACGCUCGCCAUCGUCCUCGUCGCCUACCUCGCCUCGCGCCAGUUCCUUGCGCCCACCGCCUCCGGCACCCUGCGUUUCCUCUUCAUCUGGCAUUUGGCCGACGCGCUGUGCCACUUCAUCCUCGAGGGCAGCUUCCUCUACCAAUGUUUCUUCACGCACCAGCCUAUCGAGGGGCUCGACCUCACUGGGUUCUUCCCGACGCCGCACAACUUCCUGGGGUAUAGUGACCGCUUGUAUGGCGCGCAGUCGGGCAGCGAUCCGUUUGCGCAGCUGUGGAUGGUGUAUGCCAAGGCCGACAAGAGGUGGGCGGGUGUGGAUCUGGGCGUUGUCAGUCUCGAGCUGCUGACCGUCUUCUUUGAUGGUCCCCUGGCCGUCUACAUCUGCUACUGCCUUGCCAAGAAGAACCCCAAGGCCAGCAUCUGGAUGAUUGUCUUGGCAACAUGCGAGAUCUACGGCGGUUUCAUGACAUUCUGCCCCGAGUGGUUGAUUGGCAACCUCAACCUCGACACCAGCAACUUCAUGUACCUCUGGGUGUACCUUGUCUUCUUCAACACUCUGUGGGUGUGGAUCCCGCUCUGGGUUAUCUGGUACUCGGUCCGCGACAUUUCAGCCGCAUUGAACGAGCGACAGGUCAAGAAGAACUUGUAA